GGCCGGAGCUCAGUUGCUGACUGACUGUCGCAAUGCCGAGUUUGCUAGUGCUAGACAAGUGCACCUUUGAUUGCUUGCCCAGGGCAAUGCUGUCGACGCUGUUAUUAAUUAUAAUCGUACAUCUAAGCGAUAGCUCAACCAUCGGCGACUAUUGUGCGCCUUCGUUGUGUGAAUUCUACAAUGGCAGCCACAUUCUGCAGGAGAUAAACACGGCGUGCGGCAACAAUGGCAGCUUUGGCGAGGAUUGUGGUCCCAAGCCCAAGCUCCUCUACAUGAGUCCGCGACGCCGUCAACUGUUGCUGGACAUGCAUAAUCUGGUGCGUGACAAAGUCGCCGAUGGAGGUGUCGAAGGAUAUGCGCCAGCCUCGCAGAUGCCCAUGCUCAAGUGGGAUGAGGAACUGGAGCACAUGGCCGAGCUGCAUGCGAAGCGUUGUCGUUUUGCCCAUGACAAGUGCCGGAAUACGCCGCGUUUCAAGUUUAGUGGACAGAAUAUUGGAUACUUUUGGAUUGGACGCGAUUUCAAGUCGCAUUCCCGUCGCAUGAAGACCUUCGUUUUGGACUGGUUCAGAGAGUACAAAGAUGCCAAUCAAAGCUACAUCGACAGCUACCACUCGCAUCCGGAGGGCAAAAAGAUUGGACACUUCACUAUGCUAGUUGGGGAUCAAGUGCGACGCGUCGGUUGUGCUGGGGUCAAGUUCCUGGAGCCCGACGAGAAUAAAUUCCUCUUCAUGUUGACCUGCAACUACGACUACAACAAUAUCUACAACGAGCCCAUCUAUGAGACGGGUCCAGCAGCUUCAAAGUGUGUGGAUCCUGUUAGCAAAAAGUAUCCUGCACUUUGUGAUUGGCGAGUUCCAGAGGAACAGAUUAAGGACGAUGGCAACACACUGGACAACAAUAUAGCUGUCUGAACUAAGGGCAGAAUGUGACAAAGUUCAAAUUCAAGUGAAAAGUUAAAUCAUUGUGUUACUUGAAAGUGUUUUAUGUGGUCUACAGCAUUAAGUGAAUAAUAAUAGUAAUAUAAUAUUUGUUAUUUAAGAAAAAGUGAAAAAGUGCAAAGUGAAUGGGAUUUUGUAUUGUAUUAAACUUUAAUUGAUAGAAAUAUUUCAUUAGUAUCCAAUAUUGAGGGUAAAGAAUAUUAAUUUUCAAUCACUAAUUUGUCAUUAUGAAACAUUGAUUUUAAAUUGAAUACAGAAUAUCAACAAUAUAUAUCUUAAUCAAAUUUCAACAGCAUAGCUGUAAAAUUAGUUCUUAAGGAUAGAAGAAUUUAUGGCUACAUUUUUAAGAAGGCCCGCACCUCUAUAAUUU